UGUGUGUUGCAUACCAUACCGGGCGUUUUUGAGGUUGUGUCCGUCUAAUUUAGGUUAAGUUAGUGGACUUGAAACAGCUAAAAUGUUUUCUUGCACAAUUCCCAAAUUACGAAUAAUCUUUCCAACCGCGCGUUCGCUCUCCUCGCUUGCUAGCCCUUCCCAGAUCGAGCCUCGCCAACUGGCUUUCCCCCCCAAAUACCAACAACCCCGUCAAGUUUGGUUAGAAAACUUUGACACAAUCGAAGAAAAGAAACUCGCAAUACUAGAACUACAUCCAGAGGUUUUCGCAGCCAACCCCCGAGUCGACAUAAUCCACGAUAACGUGCGGUGGCAAUCUCUGUAUCGCUACGUGAGUUACGCGCACACAAAAUCGCGGUUUGAAGUGCGAGGAGGAGGGCGUAAGCCUUGGCCCCAGAAGGGUCUCGGGAGGGCGCGGCAUGGGUCGAUACGCAGCCCCCUGUUUAGGGGCGGCGGGGUGAUCCACGGCCCUAAAUCGCCCAACCCACACUUUUACAUGUUGCCGUUUUAUACCAGGAUUCAUGGGUUGACCGCAACGUUGUCGAUAAAGUUGGCUCAGGAUGAUUUACACGUGAUCACUGAUUUGGAGAUACCGACUGAUGAUCCAAACUUUGUGGAGGAAUUGGUCAAGAGCAGGAAGUGGGGGCCUUCGGUCUUGUUUGUGGACGAGUCCGAUAUUAUGCCGAGAAAUAUCACUGCAGCAACUGAUUCCGUUAAACAUUUUAAUUUGAUGCCAGCUUAUGGGCUUAAUGUUUAUUCAAUGCUUAAGCAUGAUACGUUGGUGUUAACGAGGGCUGCACUUGAUCUGAUCGAAUCAAAACUCUUAACGCAUCUGCACAAGAACAACUCUGUGCCUAAUACACAGAAAUACAAGUUAAAUCAAGUGUAAUUUUUAAUAAGAAAUAAAUUGUUUAGUCAAAUACA